AUAGCUGUGUAUACAAAAGGUUGUGCACUUCCGUACAUGGUUAUAUUUAAGAAAGAAAAGGCGUAGCAGUAAGUGUGGAGGAGUGGAUUACAUGAUUAUAUCAUUCCGUUUGACUACAGAUUUAGACCCAUUUUGUGCUGGUUUAAUUACAUUAUAAAGUGAUUGGUAAUACUAAGUGCUUACGCAACGUGACAUAAAGUUAAUGUUUCUCUAGUAACAUUAAUCGUGUUUAGUGACACUGACAGACCGUAACGUAUUAACAAUAUAUAUAUCAUUUAUAUAUUUAUGUAGUACUAGUAAAUAACAUUUACAUCGUAAGAUAUAAUAAAAUAAUUUAAUCGUAAAACUAAAAGCUAAGAAAGAAUUAACUUUAAUUAAAAUUUAAAAGAUGCACACCAUAGCUCUUAGGACUAACAGUAACACUACUAACAGUGACAGCGUUAGUGAAACUUCUACUAAUUCAGACUGUACAGCAAGUACUACUUGUAGCAACAGCAAUAGCGUUCCUGCGUUUCUGACCAAACUGUGGAAUCUUGUGGAAGAUCCUAAAUAUGACGAUUUAAUAUGUUGGAGUCAAGGCGGAACAAGUUUUAUUAUUCGAAAUCAAGACCAGUUUGCCAGGAAGCUGCUUCCAAAAUAUUACAAACACAAAAAUUUGGCCAGUUUUAUUCGUCAGUUGAACAUGUAUGGCUUCAGAAAAACCAGCAACUUAGAACACAGCGGCCUCAAGAACGAAUCUGAUGAGGUUGAGUUUUAUCACCAGUAUUUUCUUAGAGGACAAGGGGUCUUUCUUGAAUGCAUAAAGAGAAAAGUAAGAUAUUGUUUACUAAAUAUGUGA